AUGGGUUUCAAAUUAUUAACAUCCAGACCUUAUUAUGCUCAAGCCAAUGGGCAAGUCGAAGCAGCCAAUGAAGCAAUAAUUGGUUUAAUCAAAAAACAUGUAGGAAAGAAGCCAAAAAAUUGGCACAAAAAUUUAGAUCAAGCACUUUGGGCUUGUCGAACCUCCCCUAAAGAAGCUACUAACACUACACUUUUCCAACUAACAUUUGGACAUGAUGUAGUAUUACCUGUCGAAAUCUACUUGCAAUCAAUGAGAAUCCAAAGACAAGGAGAAAUUCCAUCCGACCUAUACUGGGAAAUGAUGGUGAAUGAACUGGUUGAUUUGGACGAAGAAAGGUUGCAUGCGUUAGAAGUAUUAAGAAGACAGAAGGAGAGGGUAGCAAGGGCAUACAAUAAGAGGGUCAAAGGUAAAACUUUCACUAUGAAUGAGUUAGUUUGGAAAGUUAUAUUACAUAUGGAUCGAAAGAAUAAAAUAUUAGGAAAAUGGUCUCCACAUUGGGAAUGA